AGUACCCGUUAAUGCGCUCCCUAUGAUGUGUAUAUUUGGAUACCAUACCUUUCAUCAACAGAGUUUAUUGCAGCAGUUUUAUAAGGUUUAAGAUUUUUCUUUCCCUGCUUGGAUACUAGGCUACUGACUAGGGCAUUGGAUAUGUGCACACGGGAUGAUGAAAACCCCUUUCCUCCCCGCAGAAGUAAGAUAAAAUAGGGUUUCGCUUACAUUGGAUUUACUCCUCUCAUUCCAUAUGAAGAAGCCAAAAAUUUGGAUACGCGUCUGUGUCCAUUUAUUGCUGUGCAUCACACUUGGAGUCCAGUCAAGUGAAUUUGGAAGCACUGUAACAGAUGACAUCACAAGCAUUUCACUAUUGAAACAAAAUAUACCUAAAGAUUACAAGAUUCCUGUGACAUACGUUCCGAAAGAAGUGGGUGGAAUGUGUUGGGUAACGCUAAACGUUUUCCACUUGGAACUCAGUUUACGAGGAUUAGCAGACAAGUUUGGAAGCAUUUCAUCCAACAAAUAUAAUAUCAGCAUAUUGAUCGAAAUGCUGAAAGAGACACGAUAUCACAUGAAGAACUUGGAGGCGAUCACGUACGAUUUUGAGUGCCACUACAGAGAUGAGCAAUGGCAGACAGGACACUAUUUUCAUUUUGUCGAAGAUUUUUUAAAAACGGCCCGUUCUAAUAGAGAUUUGCCAGAAGAAUGCGAUCCACCUCCCUGUCCAAUAACAACAACGGCAGCAACAAUAACAACACAAUACCCCACAUCAGUCAACGCUCCUGCCAUAGGAACAGAAUUUGACAUCACAGCACCAGGCUCCGAAACCUGGAACGAGCCUCUGAGGUUCCUGCCAGAAAUAGUGGAGAGAAGCCUCCUGUCACUACUUGUCAUUCCUAUUGCAGCCGUCGUGUUACUGUUUGUGUGGAAGGUGAAAUCCAGGAGGAACCAACAUCAGUCAGAUGGACAGAACUCAGUGGAAGGAAGCCUUUUCACAGGAGCAGAAGGAACUUUGGCACCUCCACUAGAGGAACCAUCUGAAAAGAACAGAUUGAACGUUGAGACAGUGUAAUUCUUUGAAUCCUUGGAAAUUGGUGUACAGAGGAAUCGUCUGAGAAAGAGCAAGCAAACAUAAAACUGCAUUUCUUACGGAUAUUUGAGGUGAAAGACUCGCUUCUUUCCUGUCUAGAAACUGCCAGUCCUCACAUACCAGAACCAGAGAAUGACAUUGCAUAGACUCCACAUGAAAAUCUUAUCAUUCCUGCUAUGAGCUGGGAAAAGCUUUGUUUUUCUUACAAUAAUAUUAACCCGUCAUCUACUAUCAAAUUUUGUCAAAGGAAGCUGAAAAGGAGACCGGAUUGUCAUGGAAACAUCUAGAGGCGCCAAUAACGGUCAAAAUAUGACUCAUAUCACCCAAAACUGCCGAAAACACAGUAAACUUUACAGGACAAAGUUGGUUUCACAAGCACUCUCCCAUUUGUACUUUGUGUGGGUUUGGCUGGAGUGUAGAUACCAGCUCUACUUGAGAAUGGGGCAGUGCUUUUCUUUUUUAAGAACCCUUUUCGGUUCCAGGUAGAACCCUUUUGGGUUCCAUGUAGAACCCUUUUGGGUUCCAUGUAGAACCCUUUCCACAGAGGACUGAAGCAGAAAUGACUACCUCUAGUCGCCCUCACUUUCCUCACCUUCUUCUCAGCAGCAUUCUACUCCACUUCCAUAUUCAUCUGGGUUUCCAUUGGACAUUCCCUGGAACAAAUGUUGAAAUUAGUUAGCUAGAAAUAUUCUCAGAUCUAAGCAUCUGUUUUGUUUCAUGUUUUUGGCCGUGUAUGUACCGAAUGGAUGAGGUUGUAUGAUGUAUUUAUUUAUUUACUCAGAAUGCUGACAGCACCGUAUUGCUGCGGUUGAAAAAAAAACGAACAGACAAUGAUUCAGCUUCUCUAUAAAAAAUACUAAAUGAGCAGGAAAAGGUCUACAAGGGUGCAUUAUAACCCCUUCUUUUGCCAUGCAUAAAGCCCUCAUAAGCAGCACAUAAGCAUGUAUGAACACAUGCUUUAUCUACAGUCGUGGUCAAAAGUUGUGAGAAUGACACAAAUAUUAAUUUUCACAAAGUCUGCUG